AAUAAGAAAAAAAAAAAAGUAUAUAUUCGCAGAACACUCCAAAUUCCAUCUACAUUUUUACAGACAUAUCGCCAUGUUGUGUGUGUACAAAUACAUAAAAAAAAAAUAAAAAAAUGUGUGUGUAAAUUGUGUAUACGUGUGUGUCAAGAUUGACAGAAAACAGCAGAUUAAAAAACUGUACUAAAAAAAAAAUAAUAAAUAAUAUAAUUAUCAAAAUAAAACAAUUAAAAUUUAAAUAUAACCUCAAAAAUUUAUCACUGCCAGUAUAAAAAAAGUAAAAAAAAUAAAAGUAAUAACAAUUACAUCUAAAUUAAAUAAUAGAAAUUUAAAUAAACAAUAAAUUACAGUUAAAGUGUAAAAAAGUUUGUGUCAUAUGCAAUCAUAUGUGUUGUGUGUGUGUGUGUUGUAUUUAUUAUUAUUACGACUGAUAAUAUUGUAUCGAAAAAUUUAAAAUUUUUAAUAAUAAAUUUAUCUGCUAUUGAAGUGUUUAUUAAAUUGUUUUUUAUAUAAGAUAAUAUUGAAUAAUUUUUUUUCUUCUUUUUUUUUGGAGUAUAUGUAUUUGGUGCAAGUUUUACAUGUAUAUAUAAAAGUGUGUAUGUGAUUUUGGACAGGUCGCGGCCAUUUUUACAGCACACGAUGCGGCAACCGUGCGUGCCUGUUCAAUCCGCCAUUCCAAACAAUCGGUCUACGUGCCCUAAGACCCAAGUGCAUAUUCCCGGCCAAAUAAUUACAAUUAUUAAUCAUCAAUCAAGUUCUUAUCAUUUAUCAAAAUUAUCAUCAAUCAUUAAUCUAACAAAGCUACUAAAUUAAACAUUCAAAAUACAUGAUAAUAACAUUGUUAAAAAAAAACCAAUUUGAUAAAAAAAAAAAAGGAGUAAAAAAAUAAAAAUAAAUAAAAAUAAAGUUAAAAAAAAAUAUAUAUUAUAUUGUCAAUGUUAAUAAACCCGAGGAUAUUAGUGUAUGUGUAUAUGUGUCAUUGACUAAGUGUAUAUAAAAUAUUUUUAAUAUAAUUAUUUUUUUAAGUGGUAAAAAAAAAUAUUAAAAAAAAAAAAGUUAAGUAAAUAUUUACAGUGAUGAAUAAAUUUUGUGGAUAAAAAAAAAAAGCAGCUUUUUAUUCAAGUAGUCAGAGGGUUGAUAUAUUGUCUCUUGGUGCUGAUGAUAAUUUUUUUUUUUUUUUUUAUCAUCAAGAAUAAAAGGACUAGUGUGUGAUAAAGUUUUUUUUUUUUUAUAAUUUGAUUAUGGAGUAAUGAACAACACUUGGAUUAAAUGUUUAUUAAAAAAAAAAAAAAUAUAAUAUUUAAUUUAUUGUAAAUAUAAAUAUUGAAAAAAUUGUGGAUAUAUUAAUUAGAAAUAUUAAUUUGCGAAUACGUGGAGAAUUGAGAUUCAGAAUGAAGCUGGAUAAUCGGUGAACAUUUGUUAAGGUGCGUACGUACGUUUGUACGUACGUACGUACCCUGUACCUCGCGUACAUUACUCCAAUUGUAUAAAUAAAAUAACUGGAGUAUUUGAACGUGAUUGUUUUUAUAUUAACAAAAAAUAUUAAUUAUCAAUCAUUCAAAUAAAUAUCAUAAAAAGCCAACACAAAUAUAUCUCUAAAUCAAUAUAGAAAAAAAUUUUUUUUUUCUUUCUAAAUUACACAAACGAUUUAGGCUUGUGUUAAAAAAAAAAAAUAUUGAUUAAAAAAUAUUCGUACUAAUUUUGUAUUAUUUUUCUCUUUUUUUUUUUUUUUUUGUUUAUUUUAAGAUAUUUUAUUUGAUUUAACAAAAAUUUUUUAUAUCAACAUGAUGGUGACUUUGUUGUCUUUGACGUGACAAAAGUAAAUUAAAUAUUUAUGUUGUUAUUGUUGAUGUUAUUAUUUUCUAUAGUGAUAUUAAAUAAUUAAUAGAAAAAAAUAAAUAAUAAUUAAAAAUGGAGAUUGAAGUUAAACAGAGAAAUAGUCAGAUUAAAAGAAGACGUGAAAGGGCACAAAGAAUACAUGCACAGAGAGAGAGUCUUGCAAGUGCCAAGCAACAGCAUCAUCAUCAUAAUAAUCAAAAUAAUAAUAAUUCACAUCAAUCAAGACAUCAUGAUGAUGAAGAUAGUCAUAGUGGUGAUGAUGAUGUUAGUAAUAAUGUUGGAUUAGGUAUUGGAUUAUCAAGAUCAAGUAGAUCAAGAGAUAGCCAUCAUGGUAGACCACCAAGACCACCAAGACCAUCAAGACAUAGAAAAAAAUCAUCAAUAUCUGGUGGUGGACAUAAAGAGGCAUUAUUUGAAGAGGAUAUUGUUGAUGGUUUUGCAAUACUUGCUUUUCGUACCUAUGAAGAUUUAGAGAAUGCAGUCAAACUAGCUGCUAAAAAUAAUGUGAAAAAAUUACAUUCACUGUUGUCGAUUGUUGAGGAUAAACCAAAAGUUGAUACUGGACAAAAUAAUCGUCAUAACGAGCAUCAUAUUAAAAAUCAUUUUAAGCAUAACCAUUUUACUAAUAAUUCCAUACUGACACCCUCUACGCUUAACCAGGGCCCCGAUGCAGGAACCAGUGACGACAGCGGACGGGCGUCGGAACAAUUGCAUGGCCCUGGCAUCCCCAGAGACAGUCAGGACCCCGACAGUUCCAGGGACCAUCUCAGUGAUGCUAGCAGCCAUUGCAGUUCAGGCAAAGGCUAUAUCUGUGAUAGUGAAGGUGAAGACGACAAGGGCUCAGAUGAUGAAUCAAUUUUGUUUGAACCAACGGCUCCACCUCUUCCACAUAAAUACGAGUUGCCAUCGUCAUCACCACACGUAUUGCCAUCGGCAAACGGUGGUAGCGGUGGAGGUGGCGGAGGAGUUGGAGGUGGUCGGGAAGGAGGAGGUGGCGGAGGAGGAUCACCACCAGAUACCGGUGGACAAAUAUCAAAUCCAGCAACUGAUGCACCAGCACCAAUACCACCACCACCUGUUACCGCACCAGUACCAACAGCACCAAGUCCACCAAGUCCAACAUUACCACCACACAUAUCCCAACCACCCAUGACUAGUCCAUUGGCAGCAAAUCCACGUGCAAUAGCUCCACAACAAAGGCCAUUAUCACCUCCAAUAAUACCACCAUCAUCAUCAAUACCCAAUCAAUCAUCACAUAUUACAAUACCAGCAUUACAUCCACCAAAUGUUGUACCAUUAGUUACAUCAACAAGUCAUAAUAAUACAACUAGUCCAGCAGUUGCAAGUCUUGGUGUAUCACCAGCAGCUCCAUCAAAUGGUGCUGCAACAACAACUUAUCCACCACCAAUACCAAUGGCUGCAUAUCCACAAACACAACCAUCUUAUCCACCACUUUAUACACCAUAUGCAACACUCAAUCAUAGUCCAUAUUUAUCACCAGCUGUACCAUCACCAUCACACUCGGCAUCAUCAAGAGUUGAUGUUAGAGGAAAUCGAGCAUCACCAUGUACAACAAGUAUUCCAAAAGCUCCAACAAUAAAUAGUAAUAAUAUUACAAAUCAUAAUAGUACAACGCCAUUAAGUGCUGCAACAACAACAUGUGUAUCAACAAUAACAAAUACAAUAACAACAUCAAAUACAAUGCCACAUAGAGAUGUUGUAAGUUGUAGUAUUGCUGGUAGAAUUAAUAAUAAUAAUUCACCAAGAGGACACAGUCCAAAUCGUGAACGUGAUAGUUACAGUAGUAACGUAAGUACGUUGAGUAGAAGUAGUUUAACGCCUGUUAAUGUGCCAAACACAUCAUCCCCAGCCAAUUCUAGUCUACCUGCUUAUUCAAAGGCUCAAGGAUGGAUAAGUAGCACGAGUUCCCAAUUAUCACCAGCAACUGGUACUUCAGUGCCAAGGCCGACACCGCCACCUCCACUGUCAUCACAACAACAACAACAUCAACAACAGCAACAACAACAGCAGCAGCAGCAACAUCAGCAGCAACAACAACAACAACCAUCAUCAUUGUCACUUCAACCACAACAACCACCACCACCAACUCCAACUUCCGUUGCGUCGGCAACUGUUGGAGUACAUAAUUUUUCAGCGCCAAUGUUUGCUGCACCAUUACCACCACCAGUAUCGAGUGCAAGUCCACAUACUUCAUUGCCUUCAUUGCCACCACCAACGACUAAUCCAAAUCCAUUUUCAGCUGAAUCGCUUUUCCAAUCAAGGGUGACCCAUGUUACAGGUCAAACGGAUAUGUUGAGACGUGAACUUGACAAUAGAUUUUUAGCAUCAUCACAAGAACCACAUAGAAAUGUAUCAGUUGGUAAUAUUGGACCACCACCAUAUUUGAGAACUGAAAUGCAUCAUCAUCAACAUCAACAUACUCAUGUACAUCAGCAUACAACACCAAUGCUUCCACCAUCAGCUGGAACAACACUUUUUCCACCGCCAAUUUUUAAAGACAUUCCAAAACUGGGUAGUGUUGAUUCACCAUUUUAUCGUGGUAAUAUGAAUCUUCCUAGUUAUUCAAGUUUUAAUCAUGCUCUUUUACAUCCUGGAAUGGCACCACCAACAACUUCAUUUGUAACACCAAAUCAUUUGACUUCAUUUGCACCAAAAAAAAGUGGUAAAUGGAAUGCAAUGCACGUGAGAAUAGCAUGGGAAAUAUAUAAUCAUCAACAAAAACAACAAGCUGAAGCUAAAGCUGGUGGUGUUGUACAAACAAAAACAGAAUUAUUAAGACCAUCUGGACACUUGUAUCCAAGUGGACCAGGAUUAGGUGGUCUUGGAUUAUCUACACAAUCAAUGCCUCCACCAUUUACCUCAAAUAUACAACAAAAUCAUCCAAGUUCACAACCACCUUCUCAUUCUGUUGGUUUUCUUUCAACAGCAUCACAUCUUGGUGCAAGUAUGUCACCUUUUGGCAGAUAUCCACCAUCAUUUCCAGGACCAAAUCCAAAUUUUCCAACAUUAUCAGGAUUUCCACCGUCCAGUAGAGACAUGCAACAAUUGAGUGGAUUAUCAUCAGCUGUACAUGAUCCUUGGAGAGGAUUACAAAGAGCAUCAGCUGGUUUUCCACCAACAACAGUAUCUUGGAAUAUAAAACCAGAACCAUCACCAAUUGAUCGUCGUGCUGAAAUUGAAGAACGUGAACGUGAACGUGAGCGUGAACAACGUGAACGUGAAAGAGAAAGAGAACGUGAGCGUGAACGUGAACGUGAGAGAGAACGUGAACGUGAAAGAGAACGUGAACGAGAACGUCAACGUCGUGAACGUGAACAAAGAGAGCGUGAACAACGAGAACGUGAAGAACGUGAACGUCGUGAACGUGAAAAACAAGAAGAAAAACGUAAACAACAACAACAACAACAAGAAGCAGCAGCAGCAGCUGAACGUGAACGUCGUGAAAAAGAACAAAGACGUGAAUUAGAAAGACGUGAAAUGGAUAGAGAAAGAAUGAUGCAUCAAAAUCGUCAACAUCAUUCUGUUAUGGUACGUGAUCGUUCACCAUUACGGGCUAAUGGUUUACCAAUAGAUCCAAAUGAAAUAAGAAUAAAAGAAGAGCCACGUAGUAAAGAUGAUGAUGUUGUUAUGAUACCACGACCACCAAUGCCAGGUUCAACACAUUCAGCUCAUUCAACUCAUUCAUCACAUAGUGGCGGUGGUGGAGGAGGAGGUGGGGGUAGUAUUGGUCUUGCUGGUGGUGGUCAAGGACCAAGUCCAAUACCUGAUCCAAGAUCUUAUCAUCAUCCACAUCCACAUGCUGCAUAUUUAUCACGACAUCAACAACACAGUAUGGCUGGUGCACAUGCAAUGUCACGUAGUAUUAUGCAUCAACAACUUGGUGGUCAUCCAAUGCAACAUUUUGCACCACCGCCACCACCCCCACCACAAUCAUCAUCACAACAACAUCAUCAACAGCAACAGCAGCAGCAACAGCAACAACAACAGCAGCAGCAACAACAUCAACAGCAAGCUGGUGGACAACCACAACCAUGGCCAUCUGAUCCAUACAGAGAUGCAUAUAGAUAUGAUCAAUUACGAUAUAAUCCAUUAAUGGCAGCAGCUGCAUAUCGAGCUGAAGAAGAAGCUAAAAUAUAUGCCAGUUAUCAAUCAUCAGCUGUUAAUCAAUUAAGAUCAAAAGAUCCAAGUCCCGGGCCACUUAGUAAUCUUCAUAUGCAUCAUCGAGCUGGUCCUGGUCCUGGUUUACCACAACCAUCAAAUCUUAUGCAUCCUGAUAAUAUGUUACUUAAAAAAGAAGAUAAUUCACAAUCACGAUGAUAUACAAAAAAUACUGGUGAUGCUAAUUGUUAUUCAUUUUUAUCAACACCACCUACAACAUCAUUAUCAUCAUCAUCAUCAUCAAUAUCGUCAUUAUCAUCAUUGUCAUCUUCAUCGUCAUCUUCAUUAUUAAUUAAUAAUGAUCAACAUAAAGAUAGAAAAAAAAUAACACAAUUACAAAUGAAAAAUUAUUAAUAGUUGUGUUUGUGUUUUUUUUUUUUUUAAAGUGGUGGUGUUUAUAAAAAUUUGUAUAUAAAAUUUUAAUAAUAUUUAUAUUAGACAUAGUGAAAUAAGUGAUAAAGACAAGACACAAUCAUCUGAACUUGAACUUUAAUUAAUUUAUUAUUUUUUUUUUGUCUGGAGUAUAAAAAAAUCAUGUGAAUUUUAUUUUAUUAAUUUUAUUUUUGAAAUAUUUAAAAAAAUGUGAAAACGUGUUUUUUUGUAAAUCAUAUUUUUUUCUUUUGUUAAAUGCAAUGAUUAUAAUAUUAUUAUUGAAAUAAAGAUCUGACUGUCUAUAAUUAAUGAUCACAAUUAUACGUACAAUUUAAAAAUCGUGUGUAAUAUUUAAAAAAAAAACAAAAUUAUAUAUAAAUAAUUGUAGGUAAUAAAAAGUGCUGAUGAGCAAAGUGAUGCUACGUAAUUUUCAAUAUUAAUUAAAAAUGAUUAACAAUUAAAUAUAAAUUUCAUUAAUGAAAAAUAAAAAAUUUUUAAAUAUACAUUAUAUAUAGAUAAUAAGACUAGAUGAAAUUUUUAAACUCAAUAGUCAAUCAUAAAAGAUUGAUAAAUAAAAAAUUUUAAAUCAUUGAUUUUUUUAGAUGAUUUUUAAAAUUUUUUUCCCCAUUAAAAAUUAUUUAUCAUUAUAUAUAAAAAAUAAAUAAUAAUAUUAAUCAAAAUGAUGGGAAAGAAAAAAAAAAGCAAAUUAAUAAAUUUAAAAUAAUAUAACAGAAAUAAAAAAACAUGAAAAUUAUUUAAUUAUUUAUUUAUUGUGAGAGGUGAAAGAAUUUGAAUCUCUGUUAUUAACAAAUAUAUAUAUAUUUUUUUUUCUUUAAUUUUUGUAAUAUAGCUAAACAAUAUAUUAUUAAUUUUCUCUACAUAUAUUUGUAUAUAUGUAAUUAUUAUUAUUAUUAAACCAUUGAAUUAUUAAUUCUUUGUUUUCUUUAUUAUUAUUAUUUUAUAAAAAUGAGAUUAAUGUAUAGACAAAUAAAAUAAAAUACCAGAGGAAACUACGAGUUUUCAAAUUAAGAUAUUUAAUUUUAAUACAGGCCACUCGGUACUUUCCUGUGAUAUAAUAAAUAUUUUUUAAAUAAUAUAAUAAAAUAUAAUUUUUCAUUAAACAUUAUAAAUUAACGUAGCAAUUUUUUAUUUUUUUCUUUUUCUUCACAGUAAUUAUUUUUUAUUAUUCUUUUUCGAUUAAAAUUAUUUGUUUUCUUUUUCUAAUAUAAAUCAUCAUUAUAAAUGAUAUAAUUCAUCUUUUUUUUUUUUUGAAUUAUAUUUAUUUUUUAAUGAACGACACAAUGGCAGUGCCAAAAGAAAAAAUUAAUAAAUUAUUUUAAAUUUCCAAUUGCAGUAA